UUGAGAAAUGCCAAAGAGAUAGCGAAAGCCAGCCAGCAGUCCCCGCCGGCUGAUCGACAAUUUAAAAAUUCAGCAGCUCAGCCAGAGCCAGCGACCGUGGAUUUAGGAGAAGGGACACACACACUCGGGGCUCGAGCGAAAGGCCGCGGACACUUCAAAUUAGACAAUCUCCAGCAGACACCAACUCCAUUUUUCAAAGACCCAACACAGCAAAUUGUCACUUUCCAGCCGGGCGAGAUAAUCCCAGUUAAUCUGGUGGAGGAAGAAUCAAUUCUUCAGAAAAAUGGAUCUGGGUUUUCUUCUUCAAGCAUCAAUUCCCUCUUGGGAAGCUGUUGCUAUUCUCUUGAUCUUCUUUUCUUACUUGGCGAUUGCUGGAUCUAUUUUGCCGGGAAGAAUAAUCCCUGGAGUGAUUUUGCCUGACCGCACCAGGCUUCAAUAUCGCUGCAAUGGUCUACUCUCUCUUUUGGUGCUCGUCGCCCUUCUUGGGAUUGGUGUUCAAACGAAUUACAUUUCUCCCACUGCAAUAUCAGAUAGAGGACUGGAGCUGCUAUCAGCAACUUUCUGGUUUAGUUUCCUGGCGACAUUGUUACUCUGUGUUGCUGGAUACAGUUCAAGUAGUGAAAGUUCUUCUCUAAAGCCUCGUAUCACAGGAAAUCUUAUUCAUGAUUGGUGGUUUGGUAUACAGUUGAAUCCUCACUUUUUGGGCAUUGACCUCAAAUUUUUCUUUGUUAGAGCUGGAAUGAUGGGCUGGCUACUGAUUAACCUAUCAGUUCUUGCAAGAAGUGUUUUAAACACCACCUUGAGCCAAUCCAUGAUCCUCUACCAGACAUUUUGUGCGUUAUAUGUCUUGGACUAUUUCGUUCACGAGGAGUACAUGACCUCCACAUGGGACAUAAUUGCUGAGAGAUUAGGCUUCAUGCUGGUAUUUGGAGAUCUUGUUUGGAUUCCUUUUACAUUUAGUAUUCAGGGUUGGUGGCUUUUGACAAACAAGGCAGAGUUAACGACAGCUGCUACCAUAGCUAACUGUUUAGUCUUUAUAAUGGGAUAUGCUGUGUUUAGAGGAUCUAACAAGCAGAAACACAUGUUUAAAAAGAACAACAAAGCGCUUAUAUGGGGUAGGCCUCCGAAAGUUGUCGGAGGGAAGUUGCUUGUUUCUGGUUAUUGGGGAAUUGCGCGGCACUGUAAUUACCUUGGAGACUUGUUGCUUGCACUUUCUUUCAGCUUACCAUGUGGGAUAAGCUCCCCAAUGCCAUACUUUUAUCCUAUGUAUCUCCUCAUUCUGCUAAUAUGGAGAGAGAGACGAGACGAAGCUCGUUGUGCUGAGAAAUAUAAAGACGUUUGGGCAGAGUAUACCAAACUCGUCCCUUGGAGAAUACUGCCUUAUGUUUAUUAGCAUCUACGCAGAUGUUCGUAUUCAUCUUGUUGGGUGUUGUUUCUUCUAUGCUUGUUUAGAACACAACUUUCACAUGUUUUUUAGGUACAUGGAUUGCUUGUAGUUUACAAGGUCUAUGUUAAGUUAUUUCUUGUCUGCUCAUUCUGUCUUAACUUGGUCUGCCCUGCCCUUCAUUUUCUAGAAUUGUUGGAAAUUUUUGUGACAAUGGGUAUAAAUAUUAACGUCUUUAUUAUCA